AUGUGGGAGACGUCAUCAAGACGGCACCCAGCUGUGGCUUUCUAUGGAUGUCCGGCCGAUAACUUGGUGGUGGGGGUGCCUUGCUACGGCCAAUCGUUCACCCUGACACCUGGUAACACAAACUAUCAGCCCUACACCCCUGCCAUCAUGAACCGAGGCGGAAAUCCGGGACCUUACUCAAAGACGCCUGGCAAUCUGUUCUAUUACGAGAUCUGCACAUAUGUUCAAAAGAAUGGCUGGACUCAGUCAUGGGCUGAUGGAGCAUUUUGUCCCUAUGCUUAUCAAGGUGACCAAUGGGUGGGCUUCGACAACGAGCGGAGUAUUCAGAUAAAAAUGGAUUUCAUAAAGCAGAAGGGACUCGCGGGAGCCAUGAUGUGGUCCAUAGAUCAGGACGACUUCACUGGAAUGUGUGGACCUAAGAACCCCAUCAUCAGCACUGUUCAUCGCCAUAUGAGAGGAUAGUAACAUAUAAUAUAAAGGCACAGACACACGAGGCGUUUAUUCAGAGGUGUCUCACGAGAGGUGUAAUGGAAAAUCAAAUAAAAACUUUCAUUACGCUUUUAUUGAAAACUUUAAAAUAUUUUAUUAGAUAUUCUUCAAAUAUUUAAAAUAUUCUUAAAAUAUCUUAAAUAUUUAAAGCUUUUAAUAAAAGUGUACUAAAAGUUUUUAUUUGAAUCAAGUAGCCCAUGUAAGCGAAGUGAUUUAUGAAAUGGAAAAUCGAAUAUUAUUUUGAUGAAAGUUGCUUAAGUAUCUGAUAAUAUAUCAUACAGAAAACAUAGCAUAAGAGAAUAUUCCAUGAUAGGGCUUUUAUGUUCACUGAUAUCACUGUUAACUCAAGCCUAAAGUCCUAGUAGUUAUUUUUAAUGAAGCUAUUAUGACGCUGUUAGUCUCUCAUACGUACUGUGCCGUUCUUACACUCUCACCCGGCCAAAACAUUAAUAAUUGUAGGAUAUUAUUCUUUAAAUCAAUAUACUGAUACAAAUCAAUGAAACUUUUAUUAAUUCCACACAUCCACAUUUUACAUUUUCUUAAUUAUUCAUUGAGCUUUUCUCGUAAAACUAUCUUGUGUAUCUAUUUUAUUUACGAUGUUGCUUUCUGAAUUAAUCACAUGACUACUUUCAUAUGAUGUUAAAUCAUAUGUGAAAAUAGAAUUACCAUCGCUAAAAUCUCAUAUCCUACAUAAUAGAUAGGUACUGUAGUUGUCGGCAGUAAUCGGUUUGAGUUAAUAAAAAAUCGGGUGAAAUUUUGGAGCAUAAAAUACCUACCUAUACCAUGGUAUAUCUUCUUAAGCUAUAUUCCUCUAUGCUGAUAUACAGAGUGCCCCACGAAAAGUGUGAUAAAAAAUGAAGCAUUUGAUGAGAGUUAGUUGAUAAUCUGGGAACUGAUAUACUGGGUAUACCAUGGAAUGUGUGACAACCGGUAACCAUAGACUCUACUCAAAUUUGCAACAAAAAUGUUCUGUAAAAAUUUUCUUAGAUCUUAGUUUUCAAAGAUUUAAUAUACCAUUUAUGGUGAGAUAUGUGAAAUUUAUUCAUAAUAGAACACUAAAGAAUAUUGUCUAAAUAUAUCAAGAAUUUAUUAAAAUUUACAAACAUUUUUCAACACUUAUAGUGUCAUAGGUAUUCAUUGUAGAUGUCUUCAUAGGUGUUGAAACAUGCUUGUAAAUAUUUUUAAUAAAUUCGUGGUAAUUUUAGAUAGUAUUCUGCUAGAGUUUCAUUGUAUAUAGAUUCUUCUAUAUUUUUGGAAAACAUCAGUGUCUAGAGAAUUAUCAAAAUCUAAUUUUAAGGAUAUGGUUGGAAAGAGAAACAAAUUUCCAAUAAGAUUCAUAUAAUUUGUUUCUUUUUUGACGCUUUUAACCUUUUUCUGAGCUUCAUUUUUGAACAAUAUUAUUGUCGAAACUACAGUAAAGAUUUUAAUAAAUUUUAUUCAAUACGUUAUCAAUAAUAGUUUGGAAACGAAUUAUCAACUAGUAAUUCGUCGGGGAUAGUGAAAUAGAUGAGAUUUUUCUGAGCGUUGAAACUUUUUGAAAUUUGGUUUUGAAUAUGUGUAGUUUUUUCAACUUUGAUUACUCAUGGAAAGUUCAAAGCCGUCAAACAAGAGAACAAAUCAUAUCAAUGUUAUAGGAUAUUUCUUCCUCACUUCAAUGACAUCCUUAGAAAUAGAUUUUGACUGAUAAUUCUCCAGUUAUUAAUGUAUUUCAGAAACUUUUUGUGUAGGUAGUUGAGAAGUUGAUAUUGUGGUAAUUAUUCAUAUUUAUUCAUUAUUUAUUCAUUACAUUUCACAAUCACAAUAUCUCCCACGGAUUGGGAGAGAAUCAACAGGAUAAACCCAAAACUGUUUCUCUCCCUAAUUUUGAUAAAAAUAGUCCAAAUGAGGCUAUGAAAACACUUUUAAAAAAUCACAAAAAUGUACAGUCCAAAUAUACAUUAUACUAAUGAUUUUGUAUCUGGGUUAAUCAGAAAGAUGGAAUAAAUUAUUAUUACACUUGAAAAGGCAUUCAUAAAUUGAAACACAUUAAAAAACUUGAUAAAUUUGAAGCCGGAAAAAUCACAAUUGCAUCACAUUUUGAUGUUAUUAUGAGGAAUCUUGCCAUUUCAAGUAGCCUACAUCCUCUCUGAUUAAAUAAAAACAUAUUGAAUGAAAAAGA